CUCUCUGAGACAAUGGAUGGAGCCAACCACUCUGUGGUGUCUGAGUUUGUGUUCCUGGGAUUUUCCAACUUGUGGGAGAUCCAGCUUCUACUUUUACUCUUUUCUUCUGUGUUCUACUUUGCAAGUCUUACAGGAAACCUCCUCAUUUUGUUCUCUGUGACUUCUGACCCUAACCUACACUCCCCCAUGUACUUUCUGCUGGCCAAGCUCUCGUUUCUUGACCUGGGAGGUUGCUCUACUGUGGCCCCCAAAAUGAUGUAUGACCUUUUUAGAAAACACAAAGCAAUCUCUUUUGGGGGUUGCAUAGCUCAGAUCUUCUUUAUUCAUGCUAUUGGGGGCACAGAAAUGGUGCUGCUCAUAGCCAUGGCCUUUGACAGAUAUGUGGCCAUAUGUAAGCCUCUGCACUACCUGACCAUCAUGAGCCCACGGAUGUGCAUUUUCAUUUUGGUUGUUGCCUGGAUCCUUGGCCUCAUCCACUCAGUGGCCCAGUUGGCUUUUGUUGUAGACCUGCCCUUCUGUGGCCCAAAUGUACUGGACAGCUUUUACUGUGAUCUCCCUCAGCUCAUGAGACUUGCUUGCACAAAGACUGAUAGACUGGAGUUCAUGGUCACAGCCAACAGCGGAUUCAUCUCUGUGGGGUCCUUCUUCAUACUGAUCAUUUCUUACAUCUUCAUUCUGGUUACUGUUCGAAAACACUCCUCAGGUGGUUUAUCCAAGGCCCUCUCCACUUUAUCAGCUCAUGUCACUGUGGUAGUUUUAUUCUUUGGGCCAUUGAUCUUCUUCUACACCUGGCCUUUCCCAUCAUCACAUGUGGACAAAUUUCUUGCGAUCUUAGAUGCAGUUCUCACGCCUUUUCUAAAUCCAAUGAUCUAUACAUUUAGGAACAAGGAGAUGAAGACAGCAAUGAGGAAACUUUUCUAUCAGCUUGUGGGUUACAGGAAGAUGUCCUAA